AUGUGGCAGCGGAAGAUUUUCUUUACUUUUUCAAACGCGGGAAACAACCCAGUGGGCGGGUAAAACUGGUGGCAAUUUGGGCUGUCAUGGACGCUUCAGAGGUGGAGUUUUUGGCUGAAAAGGAACUGGUGACAGUUAUUCCUAACUUUAGUCUGGAUAAGGUUUAUCUUAUAAAGGGAGACUUGGGUCCAUUCAAUCCAGGGUUACCUGUAGAAGUUCCUCUAUGGCUGGCCAUUAACCUCAAGCAAAGGCAGAAAUGUCGCAUUAUACCUCCAGAGUGGAUGGAUGUGGAGAAGCUGGAAGCAAUCCGAGACCAAGAACGCAGGGAAGAAACUUUCACCCCAAUGCCAAGUCCCUAUUAUAUGGAACUCACAAAGUUACUGCUAAAUCACGCCUCUGAUAAUAUCCCUAAAGCAGAUGAGAUCCGGACCCUUGUUAAAGACACAUGGGAUACUCGAAUAGCCAAACUCCGGCUGUCUGCUGACAGCUUUGUGCGGGAGCAGGAAGCUCAUGCCAAGCUGGAUAAUCUAACACUGAUGGAGAUAAACACCAUUGGAACUUUUUUUACGGAGUCCUUAAACCACAUGUACAAACUACGCACCAAUCUGCAGCCUACAGAGGAUGGACAGUCACAGGAUUACUAACCCACCAUUGUUGUCUGAAUCAAUAAUUUAAAAAGCAAAAGUGUAAUUAGCCAUGAACUGAUAAAACCACCAAAUGUCUAUUUGCUUCCUGGCAUGAUUGAAGCUUAUGUCCUAUUUGUAUUUUUUUUUUUUCUUCUAUGUAAUUAUUAUUAUUAUUAUUUUUUUUUUUUUACUAAAAAUAAAUAUCAAUUUAUGAUGUCAUCCAAAAUGCCACAUAACUAAAA